AAUUGCCAGAUUUUGUUAAAAUUAGUCAAUGGCUUAUUUUUUUCUUUUUAAAAAAUUACAUCUUGAGUUGGCUACGCCAGCAGUUUAUAGAAAGCAAGAUGAAAUAAAAGUAGUGAUUGUUCCAGGUCCCUCCGAAGGCGACUAUUUGCCUACAGAGCAAAUAUUUAAACGCUCAUGUGAGUGUGUACGACGGCCAUAGCUUAAGUGACUUGAAUAGCAUGAAAUCGAAAGGAAAACAGCUGAUUUUGUGGUCAGUUCAACUCCGCGCUCUGCUUGCAAGAAAACUGGGGUACAAGAAAACAUUAAAACGGGUCCGCAAUAAAAGCAAAUACGACAUGUAACUGUUGUUGGUGUUGAUGCGGGCUUGUUCAAAUAAUAACACCCAACAUCCAACAAUAAUAUAAAUAAUAUUGAAAUACAGGUAAACAUAUGGAAAUGAUAUAAUGAAUUCGGAAAUGAAAAUCUGUAGCGGUAAAUCAUCGGCAGCGAUUGUUGGAUUUGUUGGCUUUGGUGCAUUUACUGUAGCAGCAGCAGCAAUGAGCCGUUUAAAGUGUAGCUUUGCCCGCGAUUCGCUUUUCGCGGUCGCACGCUUGUGCAUACUUACACCAAUAUGAAUGUGGAAGGAGUACAUCAGCAUUUGUGGCGGCGAAAAAAAUACCAAUAUCUAUUGCAGCAUUUACACAAAACCGCUCCAACCGCAUUUGCAGCAAAUGAAUUCGAUUGGCGCUCGAAAGAGGUACUUGGUAUGUAUGUAGAUACUUAUACGCACAUAUACAUAUACAUGUAAGUGUUCGCCUACAUAAACGAAGCGCGAGUGCCAGUUUUCAGCAAGGCAUAGCACGAGGUUGGAGUCCAAACCGUUUGAAAGCGAGCUUACACCGAUGACGUCACUCGCGGUGGGGUUCGCCUCGGCAUCUCCCAACGAAAGUGAAAAUCAUACGAAUCCAGCUAACCGAAACAAAUGCUGGUGCAUGCCGAUGGCCUCGUGGGCCGGUUGGCUGCGUCGCUGACACGAAGACUUCGUUAGCUAGAAACUACUCGCCAACUGCACAUAGCAGCAGCAACAACCGCAAUAAAAAGUGAACAAUAAAAGAAGAAAAAAACACGGUUGUAGCGGCUUGUUGGGCACAUAUAAAAGCAGCUUUGGAUACUCGGCGGUUUGCAGAUACUUUUUUGGUACCUACGAGGGCGAACGAGAAACGGUUAGGUUUAGUUGCAGCGUGGAAGAAAUCGAAAGAAGUUUUGAGUUUUUGUGCUUUUUAUUGUUGUGUGCAUUUUGUGGGAGAAUACGAAAGUGAGUGGUAUUUUCUAUACAUACAUACACUCAUACAUGCAUAUAUCACUAGAAAUAGAAAUUGGAAAUUAAAAUCUGAAUUAAAAUUAAAAUAUAAAGCUUUCAACCAGGAAGGAAUCAAAAAAGUGAAAUGAAUUUCGCAAUACGCUUGACUGCCCUAUUGGGCCUCAUUAGCAGUGUGUUUGUGAUAGUGAAUACCCAGCAACAGAACGUUGAUCCCGCUUAUCUCCGUCAAUACUACCAACAGUUACAGCAGCAGCAACACCAAAAACAAGGCGGCGACGCUACGCCAAUUUAUGAACAAAAUUCCGAGCAAUCACAGCAAUAUGUAGCGCAAGGCCAGCAGUACCACCUUAAGGAUACCGUGCGCGAGCAGGUCCAGGCACAACAACAGCACCAACACCAAGGUGGCGGUUAUGUGGCACCCGUGGCACGAGAUUACGCACAACAUCAGCCACAAGUCCAACAGGUGCAAUACCAGCAGCAACAAUAUCGUCCCCAGCCGCAGGCCGUUAGCCCACCGCGUCACUCACAGCCCCAGUAUCAACCACAGAAGGCCAAAUUGCAGCAACAGCGCCCACAACAACAAAUUGAUGAGGAAGAGUACGAUGAUCAAAACUCUUCUUACCAAUUUGGCUUCGAUGUAAAAGAUGACGAGUUCACCAACUAUCAGAAUCGCAAGGAGAUACGCGAUGGUUCCGUGAUCAAAGGCAGCUAUUCGGUGGUAGAUUCAGAUGGGUUCAUACGCACCGUUAAAUACACAGCCGACCCGAAAGAGGGCUUCAAAGCCGAAGUGAUUCGGGAACCCACCGACAUUGUUGUGAAAAUACCAACACCAGCUCCUCAGCAGUUAGUGCGUCAAACUCACAAAUCUCAAGACUACGCGCUGAAGCCCUCGCAGCAAUACCAUCAGCCCCAGCAGCAGCAGUAUCAUCACCCACAGCAAUACCAGCAAUAGAUAAGAGUUUGAGGGGAACGCUAAGAGGAACUGAGAAGACAAAAACUGUUGCACGCAGAUAUGCAUAAAGUCGAUUUUGGUAGUCCAUUUGACUAUAUUGCGGCGACGAUCCGGAUGCGACCUCUACAAGUUGUGUUCGGUGCGUUAAUAAUAUAUAUUUUCAUUUUUCAUCAUAGGUUAUAUAUUUAAAUCAUCCUUUGCUCCAACAUUAUACAAAUGUACGAGAUGUAAAUUCAAGUGCAUAUAGAUUUUUUAAUCGAAAUAAACAAUACAAACAAAAAUACAUAC